UACCCGUAAGACUGCGGGGCUGUGAUAUACAAAGUGAGGACUUCAAGUCUUACACAGCAGGUUCAUUCACCAUAGUCUCUCCUGUCCAAUCACAGUCAUGGACUGGGUCUAUUCAACACUCUGGCUGCUGGGUGUGUCUGUGUGUGAGAUUUGGGUUCCAGUCUCUUCUACAGUGAUUGGCUGUGGGAAACCUGAACCGUUGCUGAAUGGAAGGUUGAAGGUCAUAUCUGGCUCUCAGAACCAGCACCUCUCAGUCAUUCAGUACCACUGCAAUGAGCCGUUCUACACUCUUCCUGAAGGGGCUAAAAGAAACUUCACAUGCUCAUCAGACGGAAAGUGGAAAGACAGCCUGAAAAUCUCACUGAUUCCUCAAUGUAUUCCAAGUAACUCAGAGUUUCACCCUUGAGCGUGUGUGUGUUUGUGUCUACUGUGUAUCGUAUGUGUUCUUUCCCUGUGUGUGUGUGUAUCUACAGUCAGUCUGUCCCUGGAUGA